AUGUCAUCUCAUUCCGAAUCUUCCGUGCGACGUGCUUGUGAGAGCUGUCGACGCAAAAAGACAAAAUGUACUGGUGAAAGACCUAUAUGUUCUUUCUGUGAGCGUUUGCAGCAGGACUGCGUCUACUUGCCGAGGAAUAGAGAGACUGUUAAGAGAAAGAGGAGGACAUCUAGAGCUGACCGAGUUGUCAAUUUCCGAGAGGAUGCUGAAGGGAUAAAUGGGCUUCUCGGACCGCAUGCCGCCUCGUCAAGUACUGGCUCGGCAUUGACACCCGACUCAUUACCAAGACAGAGGAACAGGACAAAUUCCACUAUAGAAAGAACCUCAAGACGCAUCAACAGGAUAAACAUUCACGAAGAACCCACAGCAUCCUGGUCUUCUCUACCAGAAGUAAGCCCAUCGUCAGCUUCAAUUGACAAUGCAGUACAAGAAUACCGAAGACGGCUAUACUUCCAACCACUACCUCUCUUCGAUCCUCAAGGUCUAAGAGAACGCAUCGAGAGAUUUCCCAUGUUUUUACAAUGGAUCUUUCUCGCACUUGCCCUUUCUAAUCUUCCGUAUGAUGCGAGCAGCGCCAAGGAAGCUGACCUUAUCCAUUCGCAUGCGAGAGCUGCGCGGGAUAUAGUAUUAGAACUCGCUAUGAGAGGAACAGCUCAGUUGGAAAUCUCACAAGCGCUGUGUUUACUCGCUCUAGGCGAUAUACUUGAAGGAAGACCAGCGCUCGCGCUGAUGACGAUAGGAGCAGUCGGAAGACUUGAACUCGUCCGCGGAGCAUGUUACUCCGACUCCCCCAGCGACUCCAGUCUCCGAUGUUACUGGAGCGUCUUCAUUCUAGAAAAAGGCUUCACACCUCGUUUCACACUUCUAUCCCAAACACACUCCAAACCAGAAUAUCCUCGCAGCGCCCGUGAGCCUUCACCACCAGCAUACAUAGGCGAUGAAGAGUACGCGCCAGACUUAGUCACCAUCCGGGAUGACCUAAGAACAGAUCCUGGAAUCACUUCACAUGCUGUACGCGCGGUAUCUUUCUGCGGAGACGUCAUAUCAUAUCUCCAUGCUCUGCGUAUAGGAAAGGCGGAUAAUCCUGCUGACACAAACUCCAACUUUUACCAAUUGACCAAUACACUUUAUGAUCUAGAGUCAAGGCUUGGACAUAUACAUUUUGUUCGCAAUGUGGGCUUUUCGGAAAGAACGUCAGAGGAGUUUGAGAGACAUAGGGAAUACUGGGCGCCUUGGUUAUUGUUCCAGAUAACGGCGCAUGCGACGCAGGCGUUGUUGAAUCACCCAUUUAUUCACCUUGUUACAUUGCGACGAGCGAACCGACCAUCGCAACCUCGGCUGUUUCUUCAGCAGACGGUUGAUCAAGCCAUGUUUCAUUCAGCGUGGGUUACGAGGCUGGUUCAAACGUGUAUGGAUCGAGGAUUAAUGGUUUACGAUCCGUUAAUCGGGGAUCUAGUAGCUGCGACAGCUACAAUCCCGUGGUUAUUCCAAUACGCUCGUGAUACAAAAGUCUCAGAAACAUCAAAGGAAAACUAUAGGAAAUGCAUCGAUUUUCUAGAGAGUAUGCCAGAUCCUUCUCCAAGAAGUAUACAAAAGCGAGAACUUCUACAUCAGUUGCAAAGUAUGUCCAGUCAAGCUCACGAUAACAACAUGAUAAGUUUCCAGCCUUCAAAGAUCUGGCAGCUUAUUGACUCGGAUAUAAUGGACGCGGUAGCUCCACAGCCGACGAUGGGGGAAGCGAUGGGUAAUCAGGCUGAUGCGUCCAAGACGACUGUAAGUGUGCAGACGACUUUUGUGCAUCCUGUUGGUGAGAGGAGGACGGAGCAGCGGCAGACUAAUAUGGCUGAGACUCUUGUGGGCGCGGGGGAUUUAUAUGAAGGCUUGGAGCAGUAUUCUUUGGAUAGUAUAUUUUCGCAACCUAUGUUUAUUGACCAUGCGUGGUUGCAUGUAUAG